AUGGAAGUGACUCUAAUGAAGGUUCUGAUUCUGAAGUCUCCUCGUGUGGCAGCUGCCACAGACCAGGUGGCGUUCCAGCCUCAGGUAACGCUUCAGGUGAUUCUUCAGGUGCCGCCUCAGGCUCCCCCCACACCACCCCCACCUUUGAUUGCCUCUCCUGUCUCUCGACCCUCCACACCUGCUCCUUCCAGAGCCUUGUUCCUCGUCAUUGCCCUCGUUCCUGCCUCUCCCGUUUCUGUUAUUUCUCCCUCCCUGUUUUCCACCUCCACUAAUGCCUCCGCAGCCUCUUCCGCCUCUGACUCACUCACCCCCUUCAGUAUAAGCUCUUCUGCUACUGCCCUCAGCCGUGCCACGUCACCCCCUUCCCCUCCUGCCACGUCACCAGUUGUUCCCGCUUGCAUUGCUCCCGCACUCGACGGUGCGGAUGCAUCCAAGCUCUCCACGUCAGCAGGAGACGGAGGGGGCGUGGCAGGAAGCGGAGGGGUAGGCGGGACGCGCUUUUCCAGGGCUUCAGGAGCGUUUCUCGCUGCUCUUUUGUGUGCGGUGGGGAUGUUGGGCGCACUGCGCGCUCUGGUGAGCCAUGAAGGUGGUGUUACCGCUGCUGCUGUUGCUGCUGCUCCUCUAAAACCUUCACCAAAGCUCAUUCGUGUUCCUGAUGCUGGUUCGUCCACUCCUUCAUGCCUUUUGCUUGUUCCCUCUCCUCCUCCUUUUGCCCUUCCCACCGCCCCCAAGCUUUUCAUUUUGGGAAAAGGUGGCUUGGCCGCGGCUCCUGACACGGCAGCGGCUGCUGCCUCGGUCGCUGCUUCUCUCUCCUCCUCCGCAGCUGUUCUCGCUGCAUCAGCAGCUGCUGCUUCGGUCGCUGCUUCUCUCUCCUCCUCCGCAGCUGUUCUCGCUGCAUCAGCAGCUGCUGCCUCGGUCGCUGCUUCUCUCUCCUCCUCCGCAGCUGUUCUCGCUGCAUCAGCAGCUGCUGCUUCCAUCGCUGCUGCCUCGCCAGGAGUGAGUGGGCGAAAGGAGGGGGGGGAUGGGGAUGGGCUGGCUCGUGCCACAUGGACGACCUGUGCUGCUGGCGAGGGCUCUCUCACCCCUAGUGCCCUGUUCUUGUCUUCUCCCUCCCUCACACCCAUAAACCCCCUCUCGCUGCCUCCCGCGCUCUCACCCUCUCCCCCUUUCGCACCCACAGCCCCCCACUCUCCCUCUCCCCCCACUCCUCCUGCCACCCUCCUCUCUCCCGCUCCCCCCACUCCUCCUGCCACCAAUCUUUCUCCCUCUCCCCCCAUUCCUCCUGCCACCCCCCUCUGUUCCCCAACCUCCCUUUCGAAACGGCUUGCUGCAGCGGGAGAGCGAGGGGCCGGCGGUGCGGGUGCAGCGCCCCUUUCACCCUCUCCCUCAUCCUCCUCACGAAUCCACCUCUCGGGCUUCUUGUCCCCUGUGCCAUACCCUCCUCCUCCCUCCUACCCAUACCUUGCAGGCCCCUACUGCCUCCCGAGUCCACCAAUCUGCCCUCCUCUUCGCCCUCCUCCCCCCUCUCCUCCACUUCCCCCAUUCCAACAGUCACGCUACGGUCUCCUGAGUGUUCUUCCUGCCUGCCACCCCUGUUCUCCCUCCCUCCCACGCCCACCCUGCCCACACCCAACGCUUCAGCAGGCCUUGCUGCUUCUGGCGCAGUUGCUUUCCCCUUCUGCUGCUGCUGCUGCUGCUGCUGCUGCUGCUCUUGCAGUUGCGGUUCCGUCUGUGCCUGCUGCGGCCUCUCCCCUUCUGCUGCCUCCACGUGGACCUGCCUGA